AUGAACAACCCCGGAGUCAUGGCGCAAGAAAAGAUGGAGCUGGAUCUGGAAAUCCCAGCUUCAUUAGUCCAGACUGAUGGGCACCUGAGGAGAUCAAACAGUGCACCCAUGAUAAAUGGCUUGAGUGAUAACACCCAAGUAUUCCAGAGAGAGGUCCUACGGAGUCGAAGGAAUAGCACUACAGUUGUCAACAGGCCGAACAUGGUCCCCUCCUCACCCAUCCGCAUCCCCAGCACCAGGCUCCAUCAGAUUAAACAAGAAGAGGGGGUGGAUGUGAUGAACAGAGAGACUGCACAUGAGCGGGAAGUUCAAGCUGCCAUGCAAAUGAGCCAGUCAUGGGAAGAAAGUCUUAGUCUGAGUGACAACGAUUUAGAGAAGUCGGCGUCUUCUUCUCCAAAGCGGAUCGACUUUGUUCCCGUGUCGCCAGCUCCAUCCCCAACCAGAGGAAUAGGAAAAAAGCAGUGUUUCUCUCCCUCACUGCAAAUACUCGUGAGCAGCAACGGUCUAACACCCAGUCCCAUCCCCAGCCCCACUCGGAGGUUUAGUCGACGGAGUCAAAGCCCGAUCAACUGCAUCCGAGCCAGCAUACUCGGUCCAAUAAAACGCAAAGGUGAGAUGGAGUCAGAGAGUCAACCCAAAAGGCUUUUCCAGGGUACCACCACCAUGCUGUCCUCAGAUGUCUCCAACCUGUCAGAUAUCAGCUCCUGCCACUCUCCAGAUCUACUCGACGGCAGUCUAAGCAGCGUGGGGUCUUCUACCGACUCCCCUGGCAAGAUGGAAGGAGUGUCGCCUUCGUCGUCAAGCAACUCGCCCUUCGCCUCCAUUCAGGAUUUGUCCCCAAAGUGA